AUUAUUGAUGAGAAGAGCCCGAGCAAGAUGAGCAAUAAAUCCCCACAGAAGCAGUCGCCGGCUAAGGCUGGCGGCAAAGGUGUCACAUGCAAUGUCGUCCUGCUGGAUGGAGAAAAUCUGGAAGUUCCGCUGGACAAAAACGAUGUUGGCCGAGUGCUGUUUGACAAAGUGUGCCAGCACCUGGACCUGAUAGAGCGGGAUUACUUCGGCUUCACCUACACGGACGACCGAGGACCAUCACAUCUCAAAUACUGGUUGAAUUUAGACAAGAAGAUUUCCAAACAGAAGAAACGUGGUGCCUGGGUGUUUGACUUUGCUCUCAAGUUCUACCCACCGGACCCCUCCCAGCUCAGGGAGAGUCUGACCAGAUGGCUUGUGGUUCUCCAGAUUCGCAGAGACUUGUUGAGUGGAAGACUGCCGUGCACAUUCACCACGUACGCCCUGCUGGGCUCGUACAACGUGCAGGCAGACGUGGGCGAGUACGACCCCAGCGACCACGGCAACUCGCACGACUACAUCCGCAACAUGUCGUUUGCCCCCAACCAGACUCCGGAACUCCUGGAGAAAAUUGCCGAACUCCACAAGCAACACAAAGGCCAGACUCCGGACGAAGCGGAGAAAUGUUUUCUGGACAACGCCAAGAAGCUGUCCAUGUACGGCGUUGACCUUCACAAGGCCAAGGACGCGGACAACAACGCUGUCAUGCUGGGCGUCUGCUGCUCCGGCCUGCUCAUCUACCGUGACAAGCUGCGUAUCAACCGCUUUGUCUGGCCCAAGAUCCUGAAACUGUCGUACAAACGGCACCACUUCUACAUCAAGAUCAGGCCCGGGGAGUUGGAACGAGGAGAAGCAACCAUCAUGUUCAAGUUGGACAACCACAGAUUAGCCAAACGUCUGUGGAAGACCUGCGUGGAGCACCACGCCUUCUUCAGAUUGAGAGAAGCAGAAAAGCCGGCCAACAACGUGUCCUUCCCCCGGUUUGGUUCGAAAUUCCGUUAUUCGGGAAGGACUCUGUACCAGACGCGGCAGACCGCGGCCCUGCUCGACCGACCCCCGCCCUUCUUUGAGCGCUCGCAGCCCGCGAGAAACACCAUCGCAGACGCAGGAAACCGCUCCCGCAGUAUGGAUGAGUUGGGCAACAGGAGAAGAAGCCGCGACGGCUACGACGACAGCAUGUACGACCCCAACAGAUCCAGCCGGGAGUAUGACCCAACCAAACGGGACUCGCGAGACGGGAGGGACGGAAAGGGAGUGCCCACAGCUUUCGAACAAGCGGACAGAACCAGAGAUUCCCGUGGGGACGACGAAGGUGGCACGCUGCAGAAACGGCCGUACGACUCGGACACCGCCGAUCGCAGGGACCGGGUGCCCAGUCAAGGGGAUGCAACCUUGGAGCGUGACCGGCCUCGGGGUCAAGGUGACGACUCGAUGGGCGUGCUGGCCGGGAACAUUGACAACCAGGGCAAGCCCGAGACGGACAAGGAGAGGAGGAAACGAGAGAAGGAGGAGGACAAGAAGAGGAAAAAGGAGGCGGAGGAGAAGAAAAAGGCUGACAAGAAGAAAAAGGGCAAAGGAGCAGAUCUGGACACUUCCGAAGACAGGGCUGACAAGAAGGGUCCAAAUGAUGCUACAGAAACAGCUUUCGGAGUUGGGCCGGGCUACGCUGGGUUAGACGACAAAGAUGCACAGCCUCUGUAUGACAAAGAAGGAAGACCCCUGUAUGACAAUGAGGGCAAACCCCUCUAUGGGCCGCUCCUUGUCAAGGACGGACAACCCUUGUACGACAGAGGUGGCCGACCGCUCUUUGACAAAGACGGAACCCCGUUGUACGACACGGAGGGGAAGCCACUCUUCGACAACGAGGGCAAGCCACUGUACGGGCCACUGUACGACCGAGGUGGCGAACCCCUCUACAGCAAAGACGGGACACCUGUGGUCGACUACGAGGACCGGCCGCUGUAUGAUCACGACGGGAAACCGCUCUUCGCCAACGACGGGAAACCGCUGUAUGGGCUGCUGUAUGACCGAGGUGGGAGGCCGGUCUAUGGACCCCAGUACGACCGGGACGGGGCUCCUUUGUACGACCCUCUGUACGACAAGGAUGGGAAACCGUUGUACGGCAAUGACGGACGACCCCUGUACGGUCCCGUCUUCGACAAAGAUGGCCGCCCCGUUUACGGGCCGCUGUACGACAAUGAAGGGAAGCCUCUGUACGACAACGAGGGAGGACCUCUGUACGGGCCUUUCUGUGACCAGGACGGGAAGCCGCUCUACGACAAAGACGGGCGGCCGCUGUACGACCGGGACGCCAAGCCGCUUUACGACAACGAUGGCCGACCGCUGUACGGGCCUUUGUUUGACCAGGAGGGAAAACCACUUUACGACAAAGAUGGCCGACCCACGCACGGACCUGUCUACGACAACCACGGCAAACCCGUGGUGGCGAGCAAAGACGGAGGGCGGGUGUACGGGCCUCUCUUCGACAAAGACGGGAGGUCGGUGUACGGGCCGCUGUACGACAAAGAUGGGAAACCUCUGUACGACGAGGCCGGGACAGCUCUGUCGGGGCCGCUGUACGACAACAGUGGGAGGCCGCUGGGAGAUAACGGCGGGCGACCUCUGUACGGGCCCUUCUACGACAAGGACGGGAAACCCAUCUACGACAAAGACGACAAGUCUCUCUACGACAAAGAGGGAAGGCCGCUGUUCGGUAAUGACGACAGACCCCUGCACGGGCCGCUGUACGACCGAGAUGGGAAGCCGCUGUACGACAAAGAUGGCCGACCGGAGCACGGACAGGUGUACGACAAGCACGGGAAACCCCUGGUGGAUAAAGACGGGAAACCGUUGUACGCCCCAGUAUUUGAUAAAGACGGGAGAUCUGUGUCAGGGCCCCUGUACGACAAAGAUGGCAAACCUUUGUAUGACAAAGAUGGACGACCCCAGUUUGGGCCACUUUACGACAGAGAUAGCAAACCUCUUUACGAUAAUGAUGGAAAACCGUUGUACGGACCCUUUUUCACCAAAGAUGGCAAAGAUGACAAGUCCCUCUACGACAAGGAAGGAAGGCCACUCUUCGGUAAUGACGACAGACCCCUACACGGGCCGCUCUAUGACAGAGACGGGAUGCCGCUGUACGACAAAGAUGGCCGACCGGAGCACGGACCGGUGUACGACAAGCAUGGGAAACCCCUGGUGGAUAAAGACGGGAAACCGUUGUACGCCCCAGUGUUUGGUAAAGACGGGAAAUCUGUGUCAGGGCCCCUGUACGACAAAGAGGGCAAACCUUUGUAUGACAAAGAUGGACGACCCCAGUUUGGACCACUUUACGACAGAGAUAGCAAACCUCUCUACGAUAAUGAUGGGAAACCGUUGUACGGACCCUUGUUCACCAAAGAUGUCCGACCGGUGUCGGACACAGAGGGCGAGCCACUGUACGACAAAAAUAGACGGCCUUUGUCCGACAAUGCCGGCAGACCCCUGCAGGGACCUCUGUUCAACAGGGAAGGCAAGCCGCUGUUCGAUAAGGAGGGGAGGCCACUGUGCGGGCCCAUGUUUGACAAAGACGGGAAGCCCAAGUGUGACAAAGACGGGAAACCCGUUUAUGGGCCCGUCUAUGACAAAGACGGGAAACCGCUCUACGACAAUGACGGGCGACCCCUGGUGGGGCCGAUGUACGACCGCAACGGUAAUCCUCUCUUUGACAACGACGGAAGACCCAUGUACGCCAAGGACGGGAAACCCAUGUACGGGCCGUUGUACGACACGAGCGAGAAGCCACUGUACGAUAACGACGGGCGACCCCUGUGUGGGCCCGUCUACAACAAAGACGGCAAGCCCAUCUGUGGACAGCUCUACGACAAGGAUGGGAAACCCCUCUACGGAAACGACGGGCGGCCAUUGUUUGCGCCUCUGUACGACCAAGAUGGCCGACCCUUGUACGACAAAGAUGGCCGACCACUCCUGGACAAAGAUGGGCGACCCGUGUACGGGCCCCUGUACGACAGAGAUGGGAAACCCUUGUACGACAACGAAGGGAAGCCUCUGUACGGGCCCUUGUACGACCGAGAUGGAAAACCGUUGUACGACACGGAAGGAAAAGCCCUGUGUGGGCCCUUGUUUGACAAUGAGGACCGCCUGCUGGUCGCCAACGACGGACGCCCUCUGUACGGCCCGCUCUACCACCAAGAUGGACGGCCCAUGUUUGACAAAGACGGGGAGCCUCUCUACGACAGAGACGGGCGACCGGUGUACGGCCCGUGGUACGAUCGAGACGGAACGCCGCUCUACGACAACGAAGGCCGACCCCUCGAAGGCCCCCUGUACGACCCUGAAGGAAGGCCCCUCUACGGCCCCGUGUACUCGAAGGUCUUCCCUUACGGCAAAGACGGACGAGACUCCGACAAGAAAAAGGGCCGAGGCAAAGAUACCCCAGACAAGGACAAAAAGAAGGGCGGUCUUUUCGGCCGGCUGAAGAAGGGAAAGCCAUCCGAGGGCGAUGAGGAAGACGGAAGGGACAGCCCAUUUGGCAAAGCAGACAAGGGGAAAGGAAAGAACGGCGUGUACGUGGACACCCCCGAUGCCCGGGCUGAAAAGAGCGACACCAAGGGAGACAAAGAAAAGGAGAAAGAGAAAGAAAAGGAGAAAGAAAAGGGAGAGAAGGAGAAGAAACGGUCUUCCUCUUCCUCUUUCAUGGCCAGUUUGUGCGUGGGCCGCUCGCCCGCCAAGAAGGGGAGUGAGAGGACUUCUUCCACUUCCUCCUCCUCCUCCUCCUCCUCCCCCUCCUCCCCGUCCUCCUUCUCUCCGGCCGCUGAGGCUCCAAGACUUCCUGCCCAGGAGGAAGUGGUCACAGGCGGUGAAGUGACGGCGGCAACAGCGGAGAGCCAGGCUGGUGUGGUUGGCUCAGCGCCCGGCGGUGGGGCGUACCCGUACGGCUUGGGUCUGGGCGUGGGCAAAGGAGACAUGACGGGCGUGGUCGGCGACGAGAAGGAAGUGGAGAACCGACAGCGCUUCGAGCCCGUGCCUGAGCCAGUGACGGGCACCAAGGACACGAUCAAGUCCGGCUUCUCGGACAACACGAUGCCGUUCUUCCACCCCGCGGCCACCAGCACCGUGGGCCGAGGCAAAGUCCCCCCGCCCGUGCCCCCCAAGGGCAACCACAGCAUGGACGACAGCUUUAACCCUCCGACGGUGGCCACGGAAAAGGUCAAAUACAACCCCAACUUUGAGGAGCCCCCUGUGUCCAGUCGAAAUAUCCCACUGGUCAAAACUCAGACGAGAACGGUGACUUAUGAACGCGACGGGUUGCCACCGGAUCUCGAUGAGGGGAUUCUAGUCAGUGCUCAGUCGCACAGUACCAGAAUGCAGACCAUUGAAACCACAACAUAUAAGACGGAGCGAGACGGAGUGGAGCAGACGCGAGUGGUGCAGAAGGUGACCAUGUCCGGCGGGGAUGAGGAGGAUGAUUUCGAUUUCGACGCUGCCCUGGCGGACGCCAUCCGCUCCGUGACGGAGUUCAACCCCGACAUGUCGGUGGAGCGUAUAGAGUGUGUUCAACAAAUUGAGGACGUGAGAGACGGCAAGUGAAACGCCUCAACGCACAUCGGCAGAAAUUAGGAUUUAUAUGUAUAUUUUUUCCAGUAUCUUCAUAAUACUAUCCACAAAGACGGACCAAGCUGAGUGCACAUGUUUUAUAUAUAGAACAAUAAAUUCUCGUCUGUGUGAGUGAAUGUGUGUAGUACUCGCGCGUGUUUGUGUGUGCGUAGAUGAUUUUGAAUGCCUCUGUGUGUGUAUCACGUGUGUGUGAGUAUGUGUGUGUGUGUGUGUGUGAGAGAGAGAGUAGUGGUAAUUUUCCCCCACUGUGGCCUGGGACGGUCCAAACUGCCAAGAAGAGUGCGUGUGCCACCACCAGCAAGACCAGGUCCGCCGCCGAGCUCCGCAGCUUUUAGUGUCGUAGCAGCGUCGUCGUCGACGUCUUCUGCCUUUUCUCCGCUUCACACGUAUGUAACCGCAGCAGGAUGCAAAUGUCGUUAGAUUUUUAUUGCUACAACUACAACCGUGUCAUCAUGAAUUGUGUACGAGUGCGGAUAUGAUUAAUUAUCUAAUGAUUGCACGAGAGAAUGCGUAAGAUUUUUCUCAUUUUGUUGUUUCUGUUUAGGAAUCUUGUUGGGAAUGUUGUGUGUGUGAGAUGUGGUAGAGAGAUACGCUGUUGUUGUGUUUAGUGGUUCUGCUCCCCCCCCGGUGUCGAAAUAAAUAAAUACGACCCUGUCGAUUGUGAGGGGGAAUGAAUGAAUGAAUGAGAUUUUAAGGCACAUUGUUUUUAGUUUCCACUUCAGUCACUGGCAAUCCAUUCUCAGAAACGGGUGGAAGUUCGGGCAAUCCAUUCCCAGAAACGGGUGGAUGUUCGGGCAAUCCAUUCUCAGAAACGGGUGGAAGU